AUGACUGCACCUAGGCUCCAACUCCUCUAUCCGAAUCUCUCACGUGUGUUAAGGGCAUAUAGGCUAAUACAUCGUCGUCAUAUUUCUCCAACGAGCCCGCGCAAUCGCUUUUACCUACAUACAAGCCGACAACUUGGGCAACAAGCAUACCACCGCCGUUAUGGGCCAGCUGUCGAACGAAACGUAACUUCGCACAAGAACUCAACAAAAAACACGUCCAACGAAAUACCAGAUGGGGCUCCAACAGAUGAAGAGGUAGAAAAUAUAACUUGGGAAACUUCCCCAUCGGAGGAAUCGCAGUCGGAACCCCAACUGGAAGCUCAAGCGGAAACACAACCGAAAUCGCCUGAGUCAAAGUCUGAAUUAGAUCAGGAUCAUCAAAUUGAUGAUGCUGCUGCUGCAUCUCUAUCGGAACAAGCAGCUGCCAAUUCGGUGAACAAUUCCUCGACUAAGCCGGAAGAGUCUACGGAGCAAACUGCGGAGAGCGAUAGUACCGAAAAUAACCGUCCAUCCACGCCCAGAGAACCGGGAGAGGGCAUUGCCAGAACCUCUCAACACACCAGCUCAAAAGAUUUCGAACAAGUUUACCAUAUGCCUUCCCCUUCGACCGGCCUGGCCUCAAGUGAUUCACCAAAUCCUAAACUAUCACAAAUGUCACCUACUCCAUAUGUGCACCAUUUUGAUACGUACUCUCUUGUCCUCGAUCUAGAAAAGGGUGGUUUUACCGAAGAACAAUCUAUCACAAUCAUGAAAGCUGUUCGGGGCAUCCUAUAUGAUAAUCUCAACUUUGCCAAGCAAAGCUUGACUUCUAAGUCUGAUCACGAGAACGAGUCUUAUCUGUUUAAAGCGGCAUGUUCAGAACUCCAACAGUCGCUACGGACGGCCCGUGACUCGGAGAUUCAAAGACAGCGUGCUUCACGGGGCCAAUUAGAACAUGAGACGGAUAUUCUCUCGCAGCGCCUCAAUCAGGAUUCUGCUGCCAUGAAGGAUGACAUAAAGGCCAUGUUCAAUGACCACAAGAUGUCCACGCGCGAACAACAGCGCAUUAUAGACACAUCAGUGCAGGAAUUGAACUACAAGAUCACUGUAUCCCUCAACAGUGACAGCAAGAGCGAGAUCGAAGGACUACGAUGGAUCCUCACAAGGCGAGCUGCGCUAGCCAUUGCAAGUUGUGCAUUUAUGAUCAUCGUAUUCCUCAAGGUCGCAUCCACUCACAAAGAGAAACCAUCUCCCAAGACCGCCAAGGAAGAUCUUAAAAUGCCCGCUGUUAAAGAACUCGUCACUGAAACUCGGGUUGUUCACCAUCCUGGGCCUGGGAUCCAAGAUACCAGGCCACAUUUACACGAAGAACAUGCUCAUCUUGGUGAAAGUCUUGGCUGA